AUGCGUUUCGCCAAUUUUCUUGCCAUCUUGGGUCUUUGCGCCAGCCCAGCCCUGGCCAUUGAUGGCGACGAAUUGUCAGACAUCCAGGCCCAAGCCAUCGAGGCUCUUCAAGCUGCCGAAAGCGACGGCACCCUCGGAAAGAGGGGUGGAUGCAAUUUGUUCAACGCACGUGUCCGGAAAGACUGGAAUGCCUUGUCCGGCUCAGAAAGGAAAGCAUACACGAGCGCUGUGAACUGUCUUCUGAGAAAGCCAUCCAAGCUUCAAGCUUCAGGAUUUGCACCCGGUGCGAGGAACCGUUAUGACGACUUUGUUGGCGUUCAUAUUAAUCAGACCUUGAGCAUUCAUGGAACUGGCAACUUUCUCACAUGGCACCGAUACUUCACCUGGGCCUACGAGAACGCGUUGAGGGAAGAGUGCGGCUACGAAGGAUACCAGCCUUAUUGGAACUGGCUGUCAUACCGCGAUGACCCCUCAAAGGCACCGAUGUUCGACGGGAGCGAGACCAGUAUGAGCGGCAAUGGUGUCUUCAAGGCCCAUAACGGUAGCACUUCUGGCGGUGGAGUUUACAUUCCCUCGGGCGAUGGUGGCGGCUGUGUUACCAAGGGACCAUUCGCGAACAUGACAGUUCACCUCGGACCUGUUGGGCCCGGAAUUGAUGGCCUCGCCGUCAACCCCGGUGGCCCACUCGCUUACAACCCUCGAUGCCUUUCCCGAGACAUUAGCGCCUGGACAUCUCAGCACUGGAUGACUCCGGAGAACGUUUUGAACCUUACCGUUGGCGCCGCUGCGGCAAACGUCAGAACAUUCCAGGAUGAGCUUCAGGGUCGCUUUGGAGACGGUUUUCUCGGAACGCACACCUCGGGACACAUGAUUGUUAAUGGCGAGGCAUCUGACCUUUAUUCGUCCACCAAUGACCCGACCUUCUUCCUUCACCACGCCAUGGUGGAUCGUGUUUACUGGCUUUGGCAGGCUCUGCAUCUGACCGAAGCGUUCAACAUCGCGGGUACCAUCACAAUCCUCAACAACCCCCCGAGCCGUGAUGCCCGACUCGAUGAUCUUGUGAUCCAAGAACCCAACGCGCCCAACCGGCCUAUCAGUGAUCUGCUCAACACAAUCGGAGGAAGUCCUUUUUGUUACAUCUAUCUUUAA